GAGGGAUCGACGACUCCGUGAUGAUGCUUGCGCCACCGGUGUCGACGGACCAGCGCCAUCAGCACGUGUCUGUAAGCGUAGCUGAAAUCCGAUACCGCAGCCAGACGAAGAAGGUCGCAGUGUACGAAGGAAUGUCCCCGGCCGAGUGCAGUGUGCUGCUUCUGGCGGCAUUUGUCGACCCUGUCACGUUGGACAAGCAAGGCAACGUGCUGGGCUUUGUGCAUCUGAAGACCAAAACGUUCUUGCCGCUUUCCCUCGCGACGGCAUUUCCUCAGCUCAUUCAGCCGAAUCACACGUACGAGCUCAUUCUGGAGAAGGAACCACCCACGCACCACGUUGAACCUUCUGUCGCCGAUGUUCCUGCAACGACCCAUCCAGAAGCGGUGCAACAUCGCACCCAUCAUGCGACGCGAUCUCAAGCAUCGUCUCCACCACCAGCAGCCCCAACCAUCCCCGCCAACCGUACGCAACGAGGACCUUCCACAACCUCCACAACUCCACAGCCCCACAACAGUGCUUUACAUCAAGACCAAGACAACUGGAGCGAAACCAUGUACAAUUUGCUCGUUCACUGGGACACCCAUCAUAACGCAGGGAACUUGCCGCUGGAGAAGCUCGAGACAUUGCUUCUGGGCCAAGAACAUCCCCAGCUGCACCAAGCUUUUCUCGCGUAUUCGUCGCCGUCGUCCGCAACCCAUCGGGACUUGGACGCUAUGGUGCAUCAAGUGCGUCGGGUGCUUGCAGUCCUCGCGCAACAGACCAAGUCGUCGUUUACGCGGGUCGUCAACCAACUGCCCCUCCUCAAACCGCACGACAUUGCGCUCAUUCAUGAGCUCUUCACGCAAGGCAAUGAAUUGGUCCUCGCGGCGUGGGAAGUGUACGAGCUGGAAGAAGACAAGGACGAGUUGGCCGAUACGUUGCUGCGAAUCGUACGGUUCAAGCGGCAGCAGGCGUCGCCCUCGUUGGAGAGCAUCUGCCGCGAAAUGGUCGAGCGCCAUUUGCUCACUCGGGCGCAAUACCAAGGGCUGUUGGCGCUGUGGGAAGCCAAGAAUGAGGCCAUGGUCGGGGCCGUCGAAGCUUUCCAUGUGGACAAGGACAUGCGCGAGCUCGUGGAUACACUGCUGCUGGUCGUCAAGCACGCUGGUCUAACGGGUGGCGAUGGCACUUUGUCGCCGCCGCCUCCGCCACACCACCAGUCGGCACGUGGGUUUCCAGAUUCCCCAGCACACGAUUCGGUGGUCGUGCCGCAAAGCCCUGAAGCCGCCCCGAGUCUAGAGGAACUGAACCCACUGUCCCCCAAACACAGCACGCAACGAAGUGGAACCUUCUCCAGCCAGGAAUCGCAACCGUCCGCUCCGCAAUCGCCGCCGUCGUACGGGACAUUUGGAACCUUGACCAGCCCGACGGCAUCUCUCGGGAAAAAAGCCGGAUCGACGACUUCACCGCCCCACGACAAACCGUCAGAUGCGCAGUCGCUGCUGGAUGUGUUGCUUCGCCAGUCCCUCCUCACUCGAGCCCAGCAUCAGUUGCUGUCGCAUGUGGCUCGUGACGACGCGCGUUUGCGCGCUGCUGUGUCUGCGUACUCGGCGUCCAACGAUCUCUGCGCGUUAGCGCAAACACUUGGGGAAUUAUACGACGUGCUGCAGUGGGAAACCAACCACGACACGAUUCUGCAGACAUGGAUCGUACCGUUGGAAGGCCAAGGGAAGGGCGAUGGACUGCGACGUCUGUGGGCUGGCCACGACCCUCGCAUGAUGGCAGCGUAUCUGGUGUUCGUACACGAUCACGACGAGCACGAGUUUGUCGACACGUUGACCCGACUGGCGGCGUUGUAUGUCCAAGAAGCGUCAACGGCCGCCGACCAAGCCGACGGACAAGAAGAGGCGAAGCAAAUCGCGUCGUCGUUGCUGGCGCUGCACUCGGCUGGCAAGUUGAGUCAAGACGUGUUGGAGGCGCUGCGAGUGGACGAUCCCAGAGUCGUCGCCGCGUUUGACGUGUUUGAAAGCUCCCAGGACGUGUCCGACCUGGUCGACACACUCAAUCGAGUCGCGUCGACAGGUCGCGCUGACGUGGUCGACUCGAGCGACGUUGCUGCAAGUGCUGGCGCGAUGGAGAAGCAAUUGCUGCAUUUUGUGUACGAACUGGACGUCCCUGCCGAAGACGUCGCCGCCCUCAAACAAGCCAUUGCCGACCACGACCCGGUUGUCCAAGCUGCGGUCGAGGUGUUUCAAGUCGACCGAGACGAGGACGACUUCAAGGACACGUUGCGACGUGUGGCGCGGCACAAGGUCGGCUCGACCGAACUGGUCCAAGAAUAGCGAGAUAACAACAUUUACAUGAAUUGCAUGCAAAGAGUUGAAACGAGAUGGCGCGUGACACAACAAGGGCUGGUGCCGCCAAAGUGGUCCUAGCAGGGUUUGCUCGAGUUUGGAUCGAUGCUGGACGUGAUUCGCGCAGCUUCGACGUUUGACGCAGCGAACAAAGCCAGAACCGUGGAAGCUGGGUCGAGGAUAGCAAACAAUGUGCCAGCUCGUUUCUGCGUCUGGC